AAAAAAAGGCGACUGGCCCUUCACUUACAUCACCAAAUCACUAACCUCACUUACAUAUAACUGGAAGCUUACGAUAACUUACAUACCUCCUAUGGAUGAAUGCUAGGAGUCCGCAUUAUAAGAUUUCUCAUUUAGAACGACCUUAGAACUGUCUGCCCUAUUAACAUUCCACACAUCUCACAUGUUUAAUUUCCGUGGUAAUGCGCGGUACACCUUCAAUCCCCGCUCUAUCUUCUAUCGACCGCCCACUACCGCCCUAGCGAGGCGCACGCUCGCCUCAAAAUCUCUCGACAGGUCAGCAGUAAUACCAUCAGGCCCUCUCGCUGAGGAGCUCGCUGCUACGGAGCUAUGGAUACCAAAGAGCCUGCGAGGGAAACAUGACAAGGCCUCGCGAUCCCAGCCAAAUGGUGACAAGACCAGGGUUAACAUCGUCAGCGAAAAGUUAUGCGACAAUAUCAUCUCAUACGUCGGAAAGUCCCUUAAGCGACAUAGAGGAUGCGACCUUAUCGAUAUAUACCCCGGCGCCGGGCUUUGGAGCCGAAAGCUACACGAGUUUCUCGAGCCGCGCUCUCACAUCCUGAUGGAACCCGAUGAAGAAUUAUACAAACCCUUUCUCAAACCUCUCCUCGACCGGCCCAACACUACGCUCGUUCCGGCGUCCGGGCUCGUCUGGCGGGAGCUCAACUCUAUCCUAACCCCAGAAUACCUACCGCACCAAACCAUACCUGACGCGGCUAAGUUGAGUCGACGCAACGAUACUCUGCUAGUCACUGCAAAUAUUGCUUUCCACCCUCAGAGACGCUUUCUCUCCUUCGCGUCCAUGGCGCAUUUGGUUCUCUACCAGUUUAUCGAAGCUAUCCGAACUAGCGGCCUAUUUCAACGCUACGGGCUCGUCCGCAUGCUAAUAUGGACUCGGCACGACGACAAGUACGGAAUGCUCCCUAAGGUGAUGCAGAAGCGGAAGAAGCUGGCGUUAGAUACCGAGCUCUGCUGCGAAUGGGUGCACGAGGUGUGCGGUCGCGAAGGUCCCGAUAAUUCUUGGUACGUCCGCGAUAGCAUCAUAGACGAGAGUAGUAACUUUGCCACCUGGAAGAGGAUGCAAGCUGCCAAGAUUCAGAUACCUGAGGGGAGGUCUUCCGAAGGUCUGAAGGAGGCUCGACUAAAUGCGAGGUCAAAGAAAAAUAUCGCACCCGGAAAAAAGCCCCCCGUAUUUAAGAGACCAUACAAGGAUGUAUUGGAUAAGCUCGAGACAGCACAUAUGGAAGAAAUAUUUACUCGAAACUCGGAUAAUUACAAGAGCAUGCGGAGCUAUCAGUGGAGGGCCAACUGGGAGGAAAGAAAGCACCAGCGCAUGUUUGAACUAAUAAAGAGCUACGAUGCUAUCAAUACUCUCUACAAGUCGGGCAAGGCGGCGCCCGGGGAAAUCGAAGCCCUUGAAAGGGAAUUACAGGCCAACCUGGAGGACAAUCCCAAGGGGUUUAUUAGUGAAUUCGUCACCUACAAGGACAAUCUCCACUAUUAUAGGCAAGACCCGCCCCUGCUCCAUUGGGAUCGCAGACCAUACGAACCGAUGGUUAUAGAGCCCGAAGAAUUCUUCCCGAAUAUUGAAUGCAGCUUGCUAGAUAUCCAACCGAAAAGGGUCCAUCCGUUACUCCGCCAGACCGGCCCAGCUUCGAAUAGGGCGGGUGAUAACUUCGAACUAAUUUUAAGCUCGCUGUUGAGCCACGGCACCAUUCCCAUCAGCCAAGCUUUGGAUGCCCUCAUGCCAGGGGCCGCCGAUUACAUCAUACCCCGUUGGAGGAGCGCUAGAGACUUGAAACACGGCGGAGUGGCUACUAAGAUAAAAGCUACAGAGCUGACACCGAGGUUACUGAAUGCGCGGCAGUGGGAAGAACUUAUAGAGCUCUGGAUGGAGUGGCCUUUCCGCCCCGAGUUUCACGAACUCAUCGCUCGCACCCACGACGAGUUAGCCAUAGAAGAUAACCUUAUGAGUUCCGACUGAUUCCAACGAGAGAUGACGUUUCACAAUCUAGGCUCCCUGCGAUGGGUUACGGCCAACUUCUCUGCGCCGCCUGGCCAUAUUAUAUUUUACUAUGAUUCGAAGACCCGCAAUACGUGCGCAAUCAUAAUUGGUGUCUGGGGGCUUCUAGGCUGACCUUGGGUUGACAAGCUUGCUGGUUCU